UUACUACAUGGAUAGCAGAGUGACCAAAGUAGAGGACUUUCUGAAGACUCGCCUGCUGGACACCCUGACCGAACAGAUCACUAAAGUACUCAAGGUAGUGAAUAGCCAUGCUCCUGGUAAGAAGGUGUGGUUGGGUGGAGUGGGUCCGGCGUGGGCUGGAGGAACCAACAACCUCUCUGAUACCUACGCUGCUGGCUUUCUGUGGAUGAACACUCUGGGUAUGGCAGCGAUGCAGGGGAUUGACGUGGUCCUGAGACACUCGUUCUUCGACUAUGGAUACACACACCUCGUAGACCAGCACUUCAACCCACUGCCGGACUAUUGGUUCUCACUGGUGUUCAAGCGUCUGGUGGGCCCCAGGGUGUUGGCGGUGCGGGUAGCAGGCUUACAGAGGAAACCACGGCCAGGGAGGGUCAUCCGAGACAAACUACGCAUUUACGCCCAUUGUACCAGCUUCCACAAUCAUAACUACGUGAGAGGGUCCAUAACGAUCUAUAUCAUCAACCUGCAUCGGUCGAGGAAGAAAAUCAAGCUGGCGGGAACCUUACGUAACAAGACUGUCCAUCAGUACCUGCUGCAGCCCUACGGGACAGACGGACUACACGCCAGGUCAGUCCAGUUGAACGGAGAAAAGUUGUUGAUGGUGGACAACGAGACGUUCCCGGAAUUGAAGCCUCAGACGCUGCGGGCCGGGAAGACGAUAGCCAUGCCCCCGAUGACCAUCGGCUUCUACGUCAUCAGGAACAUCAACGCUUAUGCCUGCCGCAGAUAA